GAGUUUCUUUCUUGUUGCCCAGUCUGGAGUGCAAUGGCACGAUCUCGCCUCACCGCAACCUCUGCCUCCCAGGUUCAAGUGAUUCUCCUGCCUCAACCUCCCAAGGAGCUGAGAUUACAGGCACGUGCCAGCACGCCCAGCUAAUUUUGUAUCUUCAGUAGAGACGGGGUUUCUCCAUGUUGGUCAAGCUCGUCUCAAACUCCCGACCUCAGGUGAUCUGCCUGCCUCGGCCUUCCAAAGUGCUGGGAUUAUAGGCAUGAGCCACCGUGCCUGGCCUCGUUUGCUUCCUCUUGUAUGGCAUUUAUCCAUAUUCUUUUUUCCUACUACACACAAUAUGAAUACUACAGCUAGGAUUCCAGCCAUUAGCUGACCUUUUUGUCUAAACCAGAUGCCUGCUCCUCCAUAUGACCUCUCUCCUGUCUGGUCAGGCCUCUUCCAGGAACUUCCAUAACAUUCCAUUCUCAUUCCAAUCCCUUGUCUAGGCUCCUGCUGUGGCUCUCAGUGUUAACUGGAAUGUUUGACUUUGUCUCUUACACCACUGCAAACAGUGUGACAUUACUCAACAAAUGGACCAGGCAGGGUUAAGGUCACCAGUAAAGCAAGUUAUCUAAUUCUUUGGUCUGACUUGAGUUCACAAACCUACCCUAAACUAUUUGACUCUCCUGAUGGAAUUAAACUAAUCUAUUUAGUCAUUCGUUUCAUGUAAUAUCUUUGCCACACAUCCUAAGAUCAUUUUAUAAGUAUAGGGACGGUGUGCAAUAGUCUAGUGCUAUAAAGUUGUAUUGAGUGCUCAUUCAAUACUUAACAAUUAGCUGAUCUUCAAAUAAUUUAAAACCACAUAUACUAUGCUUUUACCCAUUCUUCCUUUACCUCCAUUUAAAAUAAUGAAUUAUCUGCUAUACUGAGUCAGGGUAAAUUACAAUGAGUCCCAGGAUAAGGUGGUAGGACAGGAAGUGUGUGUUUUUACCCUCUUCCUCUGGAGUGCAUAAUGCUUUACUAUGAUACCAAGAGAAGUUUGAAGGAAGUCACGUUGUCAAAUAUGACAGAAGUAAUAACUUGACUGCAAUUCCUGAGCCUAUCAACCUCACCGUUUGUCCACAAACAUACCAGAAUAUAUUUUAUCUUGAUUUCCGACUUGAGGGAAAAUAAGUUCAGUGAUUUAAGAUCUGCCAGUUAGCAUAAAUAUUGUGAAAGCAAAAAACUGUGCUAAAAUUUUAAGAGAAAAAAAGUUAAGCGUGUUGCGUUUUCAGAAAGAUUUAGCUAUGGAGUUUUUUUUUUGGUUUUGUUUUGUCUUGACCUAUGAGUUUGAAGAAGACAAAGUGGCUCUGUAAAUAAGUCGACUUCAUUUUUAAAGCGUUUGGAAAGGUUAAACGAGGUUGAAUCUUGAGAGUCUUUUUGGUGGUUAGGAGAGGGGGAAUUUAUUAAAGAGAGGAAGACAAUGUACCUAAUAUGUUGUGAUGAUAAUGACAAACUGAAAGAUUUAAACUUCAUGAGUCAUUCUGGUCAUUCAUAUCAUCAUCAGGAAAACAUCUUCACGUGUAGCUUCAUAGGUGAGCUCCACAAAACUGUGCAUUACCUUGUAGCAGUUUGUGAAUAAUGUGCUGACCUAUGACACAUAGCCACGUAAGUGAGUAAACACUAUUAUUAUUAUUAUUUUGUCUUGGUUUUCAUUAAACUAUCUUAGUAGUUUCAGGAGCUCUGGGUUUCAACACACACUUCUGCCAGCUGACUUUAGUGCGUCCAUUAGCAUAACAAAGUCAAUUAGGCAAACCUGAAUUUUCACUUUUAUCCUGUUCACAGAACAUCAGUGUAAAUGGAGACAGGAAGAAGAAAUUGGAUUGAUUCUCCACUUGAGAAUUAUGUUAACUUGGAAGAAAAUGUUAAGUCUACUAUGUGAGGGCAUCUAGUGAGAGGGAAGGAAUCACCUCCCUUCCCCCAUUAUGUCCCUUUAUGCACCUCUGACCCUUGUGCUCUCCUUUUCUUGUUGCUUCUGUGGUCUGGUUGUUAGCUUUCCCGAUCCUCCACACAUUGGAAACCUAAGCAUAAUGAUUUCUGAUCGAAGGCUAUGAGAUAUUUGAAAUAAAAAAAGGGGAAAUUGUUGAGUCUAGAACCAAACCUUUAAAAAUUAAGAACUACCAGUCUGUAAUGUGUGCCUUUAGAAAAAAACAAAGUCAAACAGAAAUUAGGCAACUAGUUAGAGCCGUGAUUGUGCUCUGCCACCCAUGAACUCCCGUAUAUGACUAUUUCCACUCUGGCUUUGUGUUUCAGUAGGUCAGGGACACAUAUUAAGAGCAACAAUUGGAACUGCGUUAUCCUUUACCUCCAUAAAAAUACAGCUUAAUAACAUGUUAAUGACUUAAAAUUACCUUGUCUUUCUAGAUUGUUUAUUGAUGUCAUUUCAGAUCGGUAUAAAGGAUGUGAAGUGAAUAAGAAAAUAGGUACGUUUCUUUUUCUUUUUUUCCCCUUUCUACCGACUAGGAAGAGAUCCAGUCCAGGUUUUGCCUUUGACUCGGCCUGUGAAUUUCGGCUGUGCAAUGUGUAGCACGUUUCUUUCUCCCCCCUCCUUUCUCCUUCCCUCUUGCCUCCAGUGACUGUCUCCAGGAUUUCUCUCUUCCUAUUUCAGGAGGACUCUCACAGGCUCCCACAGCCUGUGUUAAGCUGAGGUUUCCCCUAGAUCUCGUAUAUCCCCAACACAUACCUCCACGCACACACAUCCCCAAGAACCUCGCGCUCACACCAACAGACACACGCGCGCACACACACUCGCUCUCGCUUGUCCAUCUCCCUCCCGGGGGAGCCGGCGCGCGUUCCCACCUUCGCCGCACACUCCGGCGAGCCGAGCCCACAGCGCUCCAGGAUUCUGCGGCUCGGAACUCGGAUUGCAGCUCUGAACCCCCAUGGUGGUUUUUUAAACACUUCUUUUCCUUCUCUUCCUCGUUUUGAUUGCACCGUUUCCAUCUGGGGGCUAGAGGAGCAAGGCAGCAGCCUUCCCAGCCAGCCCUUGUCGGCUUGCCAUCCUCCAUCUGGCUUAUAAAAGUUUGCUGAGCGCAGUCCAGAGGGCUGCGCUGCUCGUCCCCUCGGCUGGCGGAAGGGGGUGACGCUGGGCAGCGGCGAGGAGCGCGCCGCUGCCUCUGGCGGGCUUUCGGCUUGAGGGGCAAGGUGAAGAGCGCACCGGCCGUGGGGUUUACCGAGCUGGAUUUGUAUGUUGCACCAUGCCUUCUUGGAUCGGGGCUGUGAUUCUUCCCCUCUUGGGGCUGCUGCUCUCCCUCCCCGCCGGGGCGGAUGUGAAGGCUCGGAGCUGCGGAGAGGUCCGCCAGGCGUACGGUGCCAAGGGAUUCAGCCUGGCGGACAUCCCCUACCAGGAGAUCGCAGGGGAACACUUAAGAAUCUGUCCUCAGGAAUAUACAUGCUGCACCACAGAAAUGGAAGACAAGUUAAGCCAACAAAGCAAACUCGAAUUUGAAAACCUUGUGGAAGAGACAAGCCAUUUUGUGCGCACCACUUUUGUGUCCAGGCAUAAGAAAUUUGACGAAUUUUUCCGAGAGCUCCUGGAGAAUGCAGAAAAGUCACUAAAUGAUAUGUUUGUACGGACCUAUGGCAUGCUGUACAUGCAGAAUUCAGAAGUCUUCCAGGACCUCUUCACAGAGCUGAAAAGGUACUACACUGGGGGUAAUGUGAAUCUGGAGGAAAUGCUCAAUGACUUUUGGGCUCGGCUCCUGGAACGGAUGUUUCAGCUGAUAAACCCUCAGUAUCACUUCAGUGAAGACUACCUGGAAUGUGUGAGCAAAUACACUGACCAGCUCAAGCCAUUUGGAGACGUGCCCCGGAAACUGAAGAUUCAGGUUACCCGCGCCUUCAUUGCUGCCAGGACCUUUGUCCAGGGGCUGACUGUGGGCAGAGAAGUUGCAAACCGAGUUUCCAAGGUCAGCCCAACCCCAGGGUGUAUCCGUGCCCUCAUGAAGAUGCUGUACUGCCCAUACUGUCGGGGGCUUCCCACUGUGAGGCCCUGCAACAACUACUGUCUCAAUGUCAUGAAGGGCUGCUUGGCAAAUCAGGCUGACCUCGACACAGAGUGGAAUCUGUUUAUAGAUGCAAUGCUCUUGGUGGCAGAGCGACUGGAGGGGCCAUUCAACAUUGAGUCGGUCAUGGACCCGAUAGAUGUCAAGAUUUCUGAAGCCAUUAUGAACAUGCAAGAAAACAGCAUGCAGGUGUCUGCAAAGGUCUUUCAGGGAUGUGGUCAGCCCAAACCUGCUCCAGCCCUCAGAUCUGCCCGCUCAGCUCCUGAAAAUUUUAAUACACGUUUCAGGCCCUACAAUCCUGAGGAAAGACCAACAACUGCUGCAGGCACAAGCUUGGACCGGCUGAGGACUGUGUGGCGGACUAUGCAGCAUAGCGUCACAGACAUAAAAGAGAAAUUGAAGCUCUCUAAAAAGGUCUGGUCAGCAUUACCCUACACCAUCUGCAAGGAUGAGAGCGUGACAGCGGGCACGUCCAAUGAGGAGGAAUGCUGGAACGGGCACAGCAAAGCCAGAUACUUGCCUGAGAUCAUGAAUGAUGGGCUCACCAACCAGAUCAACAAUCCCGAGGUGGAUGUGGACAUCACUCGGCCUGACACUUUCAUCAGACAGCAGAUUAUGGCUCUCCGUGUGAUGACCAACAAACUAAAAAACGCCUACAAUGGCAAUGAUGUCAAUUUCCAGGACACAAGUGAUGAAUCCAGUGGCUCAGGGAGUGGCAGUGGGUGCAUGGAUGACGUGUGUCCCACGGAGUUUGAGUUUGUCACCACAGAGGCCCCCGCAGUGGAUCCCGACCGGAGAGAGGUGGACUCUUCCGCAGCCCAGCGUGGCCACUCCCUGCUCUCCUGGUCUCUCACCUGCAUUGUCCUGGCACUGCAGAGACUGUGCAGAUAAUCUUGGGUUUUUGGUCAGAUGAAACUGCAUUUUAGCUAUCUGAAUGGCCAACUCACUUCUUUUCUUACACUCUUGGACAAUGGACCAUGCCACAAAAACUUACCGUUUUCUAUGAGAAGAGAGCAGUAAUGCAAUCUGCCUCCCUUUUUGUUUUCCCAAAGAGUACCGGGUGCCAGACUGAACUGCUUCCUCUUUCCUUCAGCUAUCUGUGGGGACCUUGUUUAUUCUAGAGAGAAUUCUUACUCAAAUUUUUCGUACCAGGAGAUUUUCUUACCUUCAUUUGCUUUUAUGCUGCAGAAGUAAAGGAAUCUCACGUUGUGAGGGUUUUUUUUUUUUCUCAUUUAAAAUAAAAAAGGAAGAAAGAAAAUAAUUUUCCUUGUAAAAUCGGGCCAAACCCCAAGACAGCUACAUUUUCAACAAAAAAGCAAACAGAGAAAAAUAAAUGAACUUUAACACUGUAAGUUCAGCAUUGAUAGCCAACUUCCAGUGUAAGCUUUUUUGUGACAAAUCCGGGUUUAAAAAUGCUUAUGGGGAGAAAGCUUAAAGUUUGUUCUAAAUGUAGUGAAAAUGCACUGUUGUCUUGGAGGUAUCAUCUUGCACUCUAACCAAACAACACCAAAUUAAUCUGGAGGUACUGAUACUAAAUUUGGAAUCCCGUCUUUAAUAUGAGAACACAAAUUACUACAACUCAGUACCUCUGUCUUACUCUGCCCAAUUUCAAUUUAGUAAUGGCACCAUUAUUCUUAAUUCCCUUAAUGUCUGUCUGCUGUAUCCAAUUGGCACAGAUUUUCCCCUUCAUCUUCAAUUACUAGUAGCUAACCCCAUCAAUUCACCUUCCUCAAGAGUCUCAAUUGAAAAUAAUCUUUGAUGAUAUAAUCUCUGCUUUUGCCACAGGUUUGACAUUAACUAGACGUUUCUGCCCCUGUGCUCAUUACCCUCCCAAAACAAUAGUUUUUUUAAUGAAUUGAAACACAAUUAGAUCCAUUCCUGAGUUUUCAUUUUUAACUAUUUACUUUGUGUCAGUUGGUUUCUGCAUCACAAGGGCAUUCUCUUACAAAACAACUCACAACAGAAAAAAAAAGUCAAGACAAAAAAAAUAUAUAUAUAGUAUUGACAUGGAGAUUUCUUUCACUUUUUUAGUCUUAGUAUGAUCAUCUAUUUUUAUAUCUAUGUAUAUAUAAAUCACAGAUUUUAACUUCUUAAUUCCAAGCUCAGGGUUGACACACCUUUGUAAGAAAAUGUUUUGUCAACCAGCUCUUCUUGUUUUGUGCUGCUCAAAGAAGGGAUUCCUCAGUGAUCAGUGAGCACCAAGAAUCAAGAAAGAGAACUUUUUAUGUAUCUAACUGUCCAUUUAUUAAAAGUUUGCCAGGGCACACCCUUCUGCAUGAGUGUGCUUCAGCCUGGGUGCUCCAGACUACACCAGACUCAUGGGAUGAGUCAUUGGUGUGCAGGGCUUUACCGGUGAUGGAAACUGUAUGUGUAAAGAAUGUUAUUCAUGAAAAACCAUUGCUUUCAUGUAAAACACCUUCGGCCUGGGAUUCCUGCCUGGCACUUGGAUACAUUACCUAACUCAAUAGGCCAGUUUAGAGCCACAGCCUAACCUGUUCACCAAGUAGGCCAAAGCCAGGCCUUUCGCUCCCCCUGACAGAGAGAAGCAAAAUAAACCAAACUGGGGCUUUAUGAAUACAGUUGGCUAUCCAUAUGUUUCUUGGUUUUUAUGAUGCAUCUGGAGUAGGGAAAAGUAAUGUUUCAAGACACCGUAGUAGGCCAGUUACAUUUUAAUUAACUCAUCGACAGUAUUGACACGUAAAUGGUAUUUUUCAAUCUGUUCUCAUCAAAAUUAAAAUUAGUUAUUGAUUUAGUCAUCACAUUUAAGUAGAACACAUGUGGCACAAUAGUAUUAAGUAUAUUCAAGCACUUUUGCAAGACAGAAAGUAUUUACAAGCAUCUAUUGCUACUUUAUGCCUAAUGAAAUAUAAAAUGUAGGAUGAUGAGAGACUUUGUGGCAUUCUUUCAUUUAAACCUUUAUGAAAUUAACCAUCUAAUUCAUCAUUACAUACUCCUAGAAAACCUUCCAUUUCACUGCCCACAUUUUGGCUUCCUACCACAAAUUCCACAUAAGACUUCUCUAUGAAGGACCAGUCAUUUACAUUGCUCAUUUCAUUCUGUGUUCAGAAGUCGGUAUUGUCUUUCUCCAAUAAUUAAGGUGCAAUACAAAUUAAAUCAACCUUGAUUUUCCAGACUAUUUGAAUAAUAACUUGCUUUUAUGGCUUUAAACUCCAGGUCUUUCCUUUUUAAAAUAUUUCUGCAUUCUCUUUUAUGAACUAGAUCAGGAUGCCUUGUUUUUCCUGUGCUUUCACCCCCAAAAGGUUUUGUGCAUGUGUAUGAAUACACAUAAUAUUAAUGAAUGUGAACCCAUGUUCUAUACGCACUAAACACACAGUUAAUAUAUAAACGCCUGCUUCAUUUGUUUCAACACCUUCAUUAUCAAUAUGAUUCAUAUUGAUGAGAUAUAGUGAUGCAUAAUGAGCCAGGCAGAGAGCUGAAAUGAUAUCAGUUAAUGAUGUCACAGUGUUAGCACCCUGCAUGGAUGUGGUCAAAAUAUCAUUCAAGUUGUACUUCCUAGUUUUUAUCAUCAUAUUACUAUGUCAUAUGAUUUUCAGACUAAUUUAACAUGAGAAAUGUUUUGGCCCUAAAGGAUUUCACUUAACCUAGUUACCCUAUUUCAGUAAGUAUUUUGGAAUUCAACCCUCGAAUUAUUUUUUCUCAUUUCAGCAUAGUGAUAGGGGAUGCCAUGAGGCUUCAUUAUUUUUUAUGACCUGCCCCUCAUUUGCUCUGAUGUUCCCUAAAUUCUGUAAUCAUAUCAUAACUUUUGUUAUGAAUAGAGAGGAAUGGGCUCACUGAAACCUGACACUAGAAAUUGGUGGGUGAUGCUCAUAACUGCAAACACUUAGCUUAUUGAAGUGCCUCUAUUUACAUGUUCUUUAGUUAUAAUAUGUAUUUUUCUAACAGAAAUACACGUCUGUAAUUGGUAUAUAUUAUACUUUGUAUGUGUCACAACAAAAGCUAAACAGAGGCUAAAGUCUUUAGCAGAGAAGAAUGAAUUACAAACUUACCAAUAAGAGCUCUGUUUAUGGUUCUGUAUUGAAGGACAACCAUGACAACCUUCUGUCAUUUUCACGAAGGCCAAGUUGGUACUUUGAUUAUAGCCAUCGUAGAACAUUAGCACUAGAAAUCUGUCUCCCUUACAAUGACUUGUAUCACCUGCUUUAAAUGUAAGGGAUAGAAAAUACUAUUUUGUCUACACUGAAAAACAUUAUUAUUCAUUGAUAAGUAGUAAUAAUUAUAAAAGUAACAUUCUUUAAAGCAAACACAUUGAAAAUAUUAUUACAGGCAGAACGCUGAUUUUUAAUUUAUAUUCCCUGCUGCAGACAUUAGCCUUCUUUAAUUCUUUUGCCAUUACAUACAUGUUUCGGCUACAGACUGAACACGAACUAAAGUCCCUAAGGAGGAAAAAACCUUAACAUAUUCCUGAGAUGUGAUUCUUUUAUUACUUCUUUUUGCAAAGCUAAUUAUCAAAUGAUUUGAUUAAACGUAGAAGCAUUAGCAAAUGCAAGUUUUACCUAAGACUUGCAGAAAUUUAAACACAUUUCCAUUUACUUACUAACGAACAGACCUGAUUUUUAUUUAAAAACACAAUUUAGCUUUGCCAACAGAAGAGUAAAGGAAACCAUAACUUGUAAAUUUGUAAUGUGUUCCUCCUUGUUGGAGACAUUAGCCAGUGUUUAGUUUUAGACCAACUUAUACAAACAGAGUAUUGAUUUGUACACAUUCUUGAGACUUGCUAUAUCAUGGUUUGCUAUGGCACAGACUCAGCUUAGCAUGGGGACAUUUUGAACUCCAUUCAAAGUUGAGUAGUUACUGGAACCUUUGACAUUGCCUUGUAAUGAGGUACUUCCACGAAAAGACCCCUAACAAUGGCAUAAUAGUGAGGUCUCUCUGUGCAUAUACAUAAUAUAUAUGCAGGAUAAAUGUGUGCACCAAUCAAAUCUAAAAUUUUAUGUGACUGUCAAAUGAAUAUUAUUUGGGUUAAGAUUUUUCAUUUCUGAUUUGGAUAGAAAAUUGCUAUUAAUCUUGUAUUAAAAUAGUUUUUAAAAAUCUA